AUGGUGCGCGGCGGCAGCUCGGCAGCCGCGAGGGCGGGCGCAAUGGACGUCGACGGCGCCGGGGAGCCGGAGGAGAGCCAGCUGGGCCUGCUGCUGGCGGCGUGCGGGCAGGGCGACGCCGAGGCGGUGCGCUGCCUGCUCCAGGGGCCGGGCGGCGCGGCCAGCACGGUGGUGAACCGGCCGGGCCCUGGUGGCGAGACGCCGCUGCUCGCUGCUUGCCGGGCUGGCAACCAGGAGGCGGUCUCCGCGCUGCUCGCCGCGGGGGCCGACCCGGGCGCGGCCGACGACGAGGGGCUCGGCUGCGCCCUGCUGGCCGCGACGUCUGGCAGCGUGGAGCUGCUGCGCUGGCUGCUGGAGCAGGACCUCCGGGUAGGAGGCCACAUGCGAUUUCUAAGGUGGGAGGUGGGGUAG